AUGCUAUUAUCAUUAACUGGAAGAAUUUGCUCUCAGGUGGCAUGGGAAGUUUGCAAGCUUGUUUUUGGUCAAACGACUUCAGCGGAGAAGUCGAUCGCAUCUAUAUCAAAGUCACGCUCGGGUGGGACGGUAUUAGUAAAUGGGGGGCAUCCUGAAAAUAAAAAUGGACUUCAGUAA